AUGAAUCAGUACCGUCACAAUGCCCGUGAUGACGCUUCCAAUUAUUAUGUGGACAAUAUAACUGCGGGUAAAAAUCGGAGGGAACAACGAACGGUUCUUGGCGGGGAAAAAACUUACUCUAAGAAAAUAUGGUCUUUCAAAUUGGAAAAACUGCGCAAAAGACCGCCUGAAAUUCAGCCGCAAAUGAAAGGUAUUUUGAAUUGCAGUGAUGCCAGUUUGGUUAGUGCAUUCAAAGUACACGAUCCCAGCAUUGCCAUAUUGGGUAAAUUAGAAAAUUCUUGUAAAUUGGGGAAAACAGUGCGACCCGCAACAGCCAAAGGAGAAAGUUUCUCGAGUGUUAUAAAUCGUGUUCGGGCCUUGUAUACGACACCUCUUAGCGAAAAUCCUUGUGAAAUAACUUUCCUGUAUAAGACGACAUUUGAAAAUGACGGAUUUUUGGCCAGUGUUUUGGAACAAUACGAUGUCUUAAAUACGGAAAUGCAAAUGUAUGAAAAGGUGUUGCCACAAAUGCAAAAAUCCCUGUGGGAUAUUGGAGAUGAGGAUCGGUUGUUUGCCAGGACCCUAUAUGUGGAUUAUUCAAAGAAGACAAUUUUCUUUGAAGAUUUGUCAGUGAAACACUUUGUUAUGGCCAAUCGUUUGGUGGGUUUGGAUGAAGAACACAUGCACUUGUGCUUGAGAAAAUUGGCCAAAUUCCAUGCCUCUGCUGCGGUGUUAAAUGAGAAAUUGGGUGGCACCUUGGAAAUAUAUCAAAGGGGAAUAUUCAAUCGCCAUGUUAAUGCAUUUGGUGGGUUCUUUGAAGCAGUCACUAAGGUGUGUGCUGAAUUUUGUUCAACAUGUCCGGAAUUGGGAGAUUAUUACACAAAGAAAUUAUUACGUUUGGUACCUCAUUUGGUGGAAAAUACCACUAAAUGUUAUGAUCCGAAAGAGGGCCAUUUCUUAACUCUCAAUCAUGGUGAUAUAUGGACAAAUAAUUUCAUGAUGCAGUAUGCCAAGGAGGGGAAGAAGCUUAAAGAUAUUUUACUUAUUGAUUUCCAAUAUUGCAACUGGACAUCACCGGCUGUGGAUUUGCAUUAUUUGUUCAAUACUUCAUUGGCGGAUGAUUUACUUUUUCACAAGCAGGAUUAUCUUAUAAAAUAUUAUCAUGAAGUUUUGUCGACAACAUUGAGGAAAUUAAAAUAUAAGCAACACAUUCCCACCCUGCAUGAAUUGCAGAUUCAACUACUGCAACGAGGAUUUCUGGCUGUUGCAACUUUAUUGGCGAAUCUCCCAUUGCUGACCAACGAUCAAACAGAAGAUGCCGAUUUUGAAUGCAUUCUGCUGGACAAUGAAAAAUCUCGACGAUUUCGCAAAGUUUUGUAUGAAAAUAAACGGGUGCAGAGUGUUGUAAUGGUUAUGUUGCCACACUUCGAUCGUUUGGGAUAUUUAGAUAUGUUGGAUUAA